UUAUGAUUAAGAGUGUGUGUGGUUGCAUAACUGUUUUGGGAUCAAAGCGACACUUGGUAUUUUAUUAGUGUAAAAUAACUGGGUGGAUUCUUCACCUCAAGACAUGACGUAUGUGUCUUUCUGCCCUGUAUCUGCCCAGCAACUGUUCAGACACAUGCACACUCACACACAAAACAUCAACAUGGCUUGUUAAACACACAGGAAUGGUCAUGCUGUGUUGAAGACCUACAGCCUGUCCACACCUGUUCCUGUUUCCAACACAAUGCUGUCACUGACCCGUUCAUAAAUAUCAGUGUUAUAAAAUAAUACUCCACACACACUGAAUCAUGUAACAUUGUCUUUUUGUUUUUUUGCAGUGUCAAAACCUCAGAUCAAGAGAUGUUUCUCCUCGACUGAAGAUGAAAACACUUCAGAGAUCUUAUUCAUGAUGUUUGUCAACUCUUGAUGAUCGCAAGGCAGGCAAAUAUAGCCGUGAAGUGAUAAAUCGUCCGGCAUGGCACAUGUCUCUGCUAUCAGGCAUCUGAUGCUGAGCUCUGGCUGCUUUAAGAGUGAGAUCUUUGGAUUUGGUCUCUCAUGACAGAUGUGUCCAAACUGAGUGACGUGUGUGCAGUGAUCCAGAGAGAGGGAGAUGACAGCUGAGCGGGUUGACAUGGCCACCCCAGACAAUCUGCUGUUCCUGGACAAAGAUGCUGUCAACUCUUCCUUCGCUUCACCGCCCAUAGAGCAAAAUGAGCCCACUCGUGCCAUGGACAUCCAGACAGAUGACAGCUUUAGUUCAGUCCCUGAUCCAGACUCAGGAAGCUCAGGAUUAAUGCCAGUUCUGUGCCAGGAUGGGAGCAUUGAGAUCCAUAAUACAAACAUUAAAAGGGAAAAUGAGAGUGGUUUAGUCUUAACACAGCCCCUGGAUCACACUGCAAUGAUAGAAAUGACAAAAAAUCAUCCAAAUGAUGAUAAAAGUGAUAACUGCGAUACUGCUGCUGUAAUGGAGACUGACAGUAUCACAAACAGUACUAACAUCCCUAAUCUAAUUCACCUAUUGGACAGAAAUCAAAAUGACAAACAUGGUAACUCAAACACUAAAGAGGAUCCAAAUGAUGCUCAUGGCACUUUAAUGAGUCCAUUAUUAACAGAAAACAACAGACAAGAAGAAAUGAGUCAAAACGCCAUUUUAAACCAAUAUGCCUCCUUUCAGAGCAUUGGACUUGAUGUUAACACAAUGGCUAAUGAUGAAGAUCCCUUGGUAAAUACUGUGUCUAAUGUAAUGAAUUGUGCAAGCAAUGAGUCUGAUGCAACUUCUUCUGAAACCCUCAUCCAGACUUGCCAGGAAACAUCUGAAAGUGUUGAUGUUGCAUUGGAAGCAGCGACUGCCCAUGAAGCUCAUCCAGAAAUACAUGACAUUGCAGAGGACUUGACAUGUUGUGGCUUCACAACCUCUCAGAUACACAAGUCAGAAGAUCCGAAGACUGGCGUUCAUCUAUCUUUGGCUGAUUUGCAUAAAGCAGACACUCUAAGCAUCUUAAAUCAUGCCUCUGAAGUAUUAGAUUUUUGGGGGUUGAACAUAAAUGUCUUGGAAACAGCUGACUGUAACGACAGUGAGAUCAUUCAGACUGUAAAUCAAGACUUGGCCUCCUCAAAUGUUUUGGAGUUUUGCACCGACGCUUUAACCCAAAUGGUUCCAAAUCUUCUACAGGAUUCAGAACUUGAUGUAACGGAAUCAGAAUCCAACAGAACUGAAGAUUCCAUGCUUGAUAGAACAAUUGAAACAAAAUUCCCAUUGGACGUCAGUAGGGUGCAACCAUUGUCAACUGAAACAACAGAUAAUUCAAAGUCACUUUUCCACCAAUCCAUGCUUAAAACCUCACAAAUUGGUGAAAAACAUGAGAAAGAUCUCUCGCAAGUGAUCCCUUGCCCAACACCUGUCAUAAAUAGAGAUUUAGGUAAAUGUUCUGAGAUCGAUGGUGCUUGCUUAAAGUUCACAAGAACGGAACGUGAUGUUGAGCCUGGUAGCGAGUUGUGGCUGGACGCUCGCCAGUUCUUGGCAGGUGAAGAGGAUGAGAGUGCUAUUUUUGACAAGUGGGGUCGUUCGUCUUCUCCCAGCCCCACCACGGCCCAUCCAGACAAAACAAAAGCCUCGGAUUACUCCAGGAGAGAGAACAUUUCAACUGACCACUGCACUGAAGACUGGGACCUGAGGUUUCCACCUGUUGAGAGGUGGUCGUCCUCAGACAGCUGGGCUAGUGCACUUUCAGACUGGUUCCAGGCAGUUAACACCUAUUCAGAAGACUCUUUCACCAGCGCUAACACUUUGAGCACUGGUUCUAAGCACGGUAUGGCAAUCCAAGACAACAUUUUAGAGCAAAGGACUAGUCCUGAUAAUGCAGACAUCACUGGGCAGACAUGCCUGAACCUUUUAGAACCAGAACCAGGUCAAGUCUUGAGUAGAGGACUAGUUGAGUCUGAUAACACUAAUGGAACUCUUUUUAAACAAGCUGAUAAAGAUGGACUUCCUUCUCAUUCAGACUCAGACAGACAGGACAAUACAACUAUGGAAAACAACAUGAGUUUGUUGGAGAGGUCUGAAUCCGAUAAACCAGAUGCAGCCAUGCAUAUGCUUAAUGCAUCAAAAUCUCCUGCAAAUGAGGCCAGUGCCAAACUUUAUGGAACUCGGCAAAUCCCUGGAGAGCUUCGGAAUACAAAGUCGGAAGGAAAUGCACUGGUGGAGGUGACCGGAGACAAAGUUUCCCAACUCAGGUUGGUCUUCGAGGAGGAACGUCAAAGCAGUUUUACUUCUCAAAGGAUCUCGGCGUACACCAGCGACAAGAAUUUAACUGACUGUGUGAGCGGCGAGGAGCAGCGUCGCGGCUCCGAUGUUGCUCUCCACACAUGUCCCUCUCAAUCGAACAGUCACGUGUCUUCUGAGGCGGGACGUGCUGAAGGAAAUGAAACUUUUGUGCAUUUUAACACUGAGGAGUGCAUCGUGAAGCCAAAAGAGGAGGAAAGAAAUACAUUUCCACAGUUUAUUAUGCCGUUUGCUCCACUGAAUACUGGAAAUACUUUCCUCCAUAGUAGUUUAUUGAAAAGUCCACAGGAUGGUCUAGAUCUUCCACCUAAAGGGAUUAUUAAUGAGAUACAUCUUAAGAGUGAUCAAAAAUCAGUCAGUAGUGACAAUUCUUCUGAAAAUCGCUUUCAUACAUGUCCUGACCAGUCUUUAUCUUCAUCCAGUGGAGAUUUAGACGAUCCUUCCAUCAAGUGCACUAGGAGAAAAGCCGAGUACAGUGAUACCCUUGACAUCAGCAAAGAGAUUUCUAAGUUCAUUUUACUCACAGGGCAGCGUUUUAUGGUGUCUGAAGACAAACAUGUUGCAUAUGUCACUCUAGACUUGGAAGAACCCAGUUUAAAUAAUUUCUCAUUGUCAAACUGUGAGGAACGACCCAAAACAGACAAUAUGCCUCACAAGACUUCCAAAACUUCCUCAGAUGGUAAAACACACUCUAAACAUAAGGAGAAACCAGCUGAGAAGCAGCAACACGGGAUUCAAACAUCAAAAAAGCAAGAUCUUCAGCCCCCAUCCCAGAUUAAAGAGGGAUUCAAUUCAGAAGGAGAUGGUUGUCAAGAUCGUCCAGUUACUGUCAUCGAAACCAUCGUCGUCACAGAGAAGAUUGCUCCUAAAAUUCAAGGGAAGAAGAAAAAGAAGCACGUGCAACACGGGACACCAAAACCCGAAAAUGAUCCACCGAGUGACAUAGGGAGAAGAAGCGCUCAGAGGAGCAUGAGUGGCAAGCCCGAGAACCUUGACGUGAAGGUAGCAUCAAAUGGUCUGGAUAAACCAGCUUCUCAUUUUCCUACCAAAGUGGACAUUACUAACAAAGAUAGCACUCAGAAAGUCAUGUCAGUGAGACCCAAAGUAGACCCCAGUGGGAGUUUUGGUGCCAAGUUGGGCCCUGGAAGCGUACAUGCCACUCAGAAAGCCACCUCUAUAAAACUCAAAGUAGAUGCCAGUAAAGCAGCCAAGAUUGAAAAUAAGACAUGCACCUCUGAUUCUCAGAGCUCAUGUUUACCCAGCAUGCUGAAUGACGACAUUAAGCGCAGGCGAAUCGCAGACGACCUGUCUGGAGCAGUUCCAAUAAGGACGAGGCCACAGCUGCCUGCAAUUUUCCGUCAAGCAAGAAAAGAUGGAGAAGAUGCGACCCGGAGAGCUUACAGUGAAGUUGUCAAGCAGAAGACUCCAAUCCCCAAAGAAGUUGUGGUUCCUCGUGUAGUCUCAGAGAUCCAGGCUGACCCAGUCCCUGCUGACCCCCAGAACAUCUUGCUUUGGUGCAAGUUCAGUCCCGUCCCACCUGAUCCCACCAUUAAGUGGACUAAAGAGGGAACAGUGCUGUCAGAGAUAAACAAAGUAGAGAAGGAUGACGGGCGCUUUGCUUUGACCAUCCUAAAGGCUUGCAGUAAAGAUUUAGGGCUGUACAAAUGCAGCCUGAAUGCUGCCAACAUUUCUGUUUCGACCUCAGAGUACCAUCUCACGUCUGAGGUGCUUAUGGAACUAGUCAUUCCGAGUCAUGAUCAGCCAGCUGAGCCCAGGGUGGUGGACGGCAAUGAGGAGAACAUCCAGUGCAGCCCGCUUCUCUUUAAGGAAGAUUUUCUCUCAGAUCAGUACUUUGGAGAGAAUCAACCAGCGAGCAUCGUGACUGAAAAGGUCCACUUCGGUGAAGGAAUGCAUCGCAAGGCUUUCAGGACCACUCUUAGAGAAGGCAAACUGCCGAGCUUCAACCGCGGCCAUCCCUGCGUCCUGAAAGUACACAACGCCAUCAGCUAUGGGACCAAAAAUAAUGAGGAACUUGUCCAGAAGAACUACAGCCUGGCUGUGGAGGUGAGAGAAUGUCAUGUGCAGAAUACCGCCAGGGAAUAUAUUAAAGCGUACAAUAGUGUGGCCAAGUCUGCAGAAUCAUUUGGAGAGGUGCCAGAAAUCAUCCCUAUUUAUCUAGUGCACCGGCCAUCUAACAACGUCCCUUACGCCACGCUGGAGGAGGAGCUGCUGGGAGAUUUUGUGAAGUACUCUGUGAAGGACGGGAAGGAGAUCAACCUGAUGCGCAGAGACUCUGAGGCGGGACAGAAAUGCUGCGCCUUCCAGCACUGGGUCUAUACACAGACCGACGGCAACCUGCUGGUCACCGAUAUGCAGGGUGUGGGUAUGAAACUGACAGAUGUUGGGAUUGCCACCUGUAAAAAAGGCUAUAAGGGGUUCAGAGGAAACUGUGCCACGUCCUUCAUUGAUCAGUUCAAGGCUCUACAUCAGUGUAACAGGUACUGUGAGCUUCUGGGCCUGACGUCUCUUCAGCCCAAGCCCAAACGGCCCGUCGGCCCACCAAAGCCAAAAACACAACCCGCGCCAAAGAAAAAAACCUUCGGCCCCGUUCUGAACGCCAGAUCCUGAUCGCACAGAAACUCUGAACGUCUGCUUUUCUUGCUCAGGGACAAAUGUGUUUCUGAGAUGUUUCUUUAAAUGUAAGAUGACAUUCAUCUGUAAGGACAGUAGGGAGGUUAAUUCUUUCUUGGGAGCUCGUUUGUGCUACUUUAAAUGAGCUCAUUAAUGGUUUUUAUUUACUUUUUUAAAGGGUGAGUCGACUGACAAUUGAUGUAAUAUUUUUUGUUUAAACCAAAGAAAUAUCAUCUGUAGUGUUUUGUCCCGAUUGUGCCUGUGGUGCUGCCAUCUGAUUCUUUAUUAUUAGCCUACUGGCACUUCUGAAUAACAACAACUUCGUGUUAUUAUGAUUGUUUGUUAUAAUAUGUGCAAUAAGUACUGAGUUUAUCAAACUGCUAAAUCUUAAAUAGAUAUUUAUUUUAUGGGUGAGAUUAAUGUACUGUACAGCAGUAGAAGAUUGUUAGAUUUGAAUGUAACUGCUAGAAUUUAAUAUUUGAAGCUUCUCGUUUUCAUUGUUAAAAUACUUUAUUUUCACACACAUUUUUAUGAAGAGUUUAGUAUUUAAUUUUUCUUGGAUUUAGGAUUUUUUAAAGUUCAUCUACACUGUUUCUGGGAAGGAAGGAUGAGGUGGUAAAUCUGAUACUAUGGAAAAGUUUGUACACUUGCCCUAGUAAACAGCUGUUGAUUCGCCUCAGUAAGAAUGACAAUCCUCCACCUUCACGUUUCUAUCAUCCUUCCAAAGUCAAAUGACUUAUUGCCUCAUUGCUAUAUAUAUAAGCACACACGUUUGAAACGGAGUAUUUGACAUGUUAAUGAACUGCACAAAUCAAUCGCCUGAAAUUAAAAACUGUGAUGUUACUGUUGCUACUUUCUGCCAAUCUAGAUAGUCUUAUAUAUUAGUAGUCUUAGUGAAUGUCAAAGUCAAAGGUUAUCAGAUUCUUGGCUUGACUGAAGCACAGUAGUCUUGUAUUGGCUUUGAAUGAGCUCCUCUGAAUGGUAUAUUGUGUAUUAAUAAGUAUAUAUAUUUUAUAUUGUCUGGGCUUUAUUUUAAUCACAAACUUAAAAUAAAUUGCUUGAAUAAUUUCA